CUUUGCCUGAUGCUUUGCAGUUUUGCACAAGAUAGCGAUGGCUGAGACUCAUAGGCUAGACGUGACUGUUGUUUCAGCUUCUAGCCUUCCUUGGGUUGAGAGAGACCGAGGAUGCGAUGCUAUGGUAAAAGUUAAAUUUGAAGGUCAAUCAAAAGAGACUAAAGUUGUGGUUGGUGUUAAUCCCGUAUGGAAUGAAACAUUGCAUUUUGAUCUAAAAAAGAAACCAAGCAAUAACUCACAAAUUAUCAUCAAGGUUUAUGAUGAACAGAUAAUUAAGAACAGGUUUUUGGGUUCAACUGAGCUUAGUUUUGGAUCUAUUUUGAGUUCUGAUUUAGUGACAUGUAAAAUCAAAGACAAGAACAAGGAGGAACUGGGAUCCGCCAUUAAACUGUAUUUUAGAUAUAUUUCUCCAUCUGAUGAAGAGACUCUACCAACCAGUAUGUCAAGGGAAGCACCACUUUAUACUAGUGAUACAGUAGAAGAGAGUGAGAGGAAUGAGGAAUGGUGUACACCUGUUACUACAUGUACUAUAAAGGAUAGUGCUAAGGAUUCAAAUAUUUCUGAUGAUGAAGGCUAUGUAUCUCCUUGUCCUGCUCCAAGAAAUACAGCAUUCAAUCGUGAACAAUCGUCUUUUCGUUCCAAAUUACCACAAAGACUGACAGACUUUCAAGUGCGUGUUCAUGUGAUAAAGGGUAGGCAGUUACAAGGAGGUCACAUGAACCCAGUGGUCAAAGUUAUAUGUGGGACCACAACUAAAAGAACCAUUCAAGCUAAAGGAACUAACAAUCCUUUUUUUGACCAAUUAUUUUUCUUUAAUUUCCGUGAUUAUCCCAGUAAAGUUUUUGAUGAGAUGUUAGAAUUGAGGGUACUUAAUUCAAAGAUCAACCUUGUUUAUUCAGAGAUCAUUGGCACCUUUAAGCUUGACCUUGGACAAAUCUAUGAUCAACCAGAUCAUUGUUAUAUUAAAAAGUGGUUGCUUUUGUCUGAUCCAGAGAAUUCAUUUCUUGGUCCUAAAGGUUAUUUGUUAUUCUCUGCUUAUGUUCUUUCACCAGGAGUUGUACCCAAGCCAUACCCACCAUUGAGUGAUGAUUCCAUUGAUGUGGAAAGUAAUGUUUUAUCAGCUACUGGAGUCAAUUUAAAUUUGAUGACGCUACAAAUCAGAGUCUAUCUUGCUAAUGACCUACCACAGAUGGACCCUGAUUAUUACGAAUACAUCAAGGAAAAGUUCAAACGUUUUUUUGGUAUAGAUCACAAAAAGAAAGACCUGGUUGAUCCCUAUUGCACAAUAAAAUUUGCCGGCCACAAGGGAAAAACAAACAAGAUAAAAAAUAAUGACGACCCUGUUUGGUAUAAACAAUUUAAUGUUGCUUUUAGAUUUCCUUCCAUGUGUGACAGAAUACGCAUUCGUCUGAUGGAUCAUGAUGAUACCUCAAUGGAUGACACUAUUGGUACAGCAUUUAUUAGACUAUCAGAUAUAUCUUCUCCUGGACAAGAUAAUUCAGGUUUCUUGCCUACUUUUGGUCCAUGCUUUGUUAAUAUCUAUGGAUCUCCAAGAGAGUUCUGUGUACUACCUGAUAAAUAUGAUCAUCUCAAUAAAGGAGUGGUAUGUAUCCCUGGGUUUCCAACAAAGCAUGCUAAGUGGGCUAAAAGCAUGCUUCAUGAGCUGAAAAACCUAACAGCAUAUCCUCCAGCUGUUGAAAAUGAAGAAGAGCUAGAAAACGCUGAGCCAGCAGGGGCUUUAAUUAGAAUUAAACUAUGGCUGGGGCUCGAAUCAGAAUGGAAACAAAAUAUGAGUGCAGAUGUUGCUAUGUUUGCUGAAACAUAUGAAAAUGAGGUUUCUCACCUUGGGAUUUGGAACAAAAACCCAUGGUCUGACUCUACUGGUAAAGUGAAAGAGGAUCGUGAUAGCUUUAAACUCCCUCCUGGGUGGGAGUGGGAGGAUGAGUGGGAUAGGUUUAUUGGUGACUGGGAGGUCAUGACAAGUAUAGACACUGGAGAGUAUCAGACUCGAAGAAGAUCCAGGAAAUAUGUAGAAAAGAUUUACGAGUACCAGUCUAGAAAUAAAAAGCCUCCCUUUAACUGGCCAUUUGAUGAGAAUGACUCAGAGUGGAAGAACGAAGAAGGUCAUUCAUUAAAUUAUUAUACCGAAGACUCAAGGCAAGUUAGGGAUACAUUGCAACAACCUGAUGGCUGGGAAUGGGACUCAGAAUGGAGCAUAGCCCCACACAGAGCGACAGAUGAAGAUGGAUGGGAGUACAAAGGAUUAGAUUUAUUAUUAAGUGACUGGGCUCCUCAUUUAAGGAGGAGCAUUAUAAGAAGGAGACUCUGGAAUAGGACUAGAAUUCAAACUGGUGAUGCAACCAUAAAAACUUCUACUGGUGAUAAAUAUGAAGGAUGGGAGUAUGCUCAUAUCAGUAGUAGUACAUAUCAUCAGGAACACAGCCCAUUGUUUGUAAAAAGAAGACGUCGUUACCUUCGAAAGAUCAAAACAAAAACACAAGCCAAACUAUCUAAUCCACCAAGAUUUAUUUUCCCUGAACAUCAGCAAGUUCAAGUUCCGCCACGUCUUUAUUUUCCAAUGAAAGGUCUGUUUAAGUAUGAGCUACGAGUUUACUUAUAUCAAGCACGUGAUUUGUAUGCUGGAAAUUCUACUGGAUUAUCUGAUCCAUACUGUAUUGUAUCCUUUGAGCAUUACAGCCAAACGACACGCGAGAUCAAUCAAACUCUUACUCCAUUGUGGGACCACACUUGUGUUUUUGAUGAUAUUAAGAUGUUUGGUAGUCCGUCUGAUGUCAAGGGAUCUCCUCCUAAAAUUAUGAUUGAGAUAUUUGAUAAAGAUAACGUGGGUAAGGAUUACCUUGGUUAUGUUGAAUGUUAUCCAAUUGUACGUAUUAAUGAAAACCAGCAACAAAGGAGACAGGUGUCAUUGGAAGAGCCAGAAGGAGUCCUUCAUGUUCCCUUUUCCCUUGAAGGAGCUGAGCCAGUUGAUGAGCCAAAGGAUCCAGUUACUUCUCUCUCUUGGUAUCAGGUCACACGGUAUGGUCGCUAUGCUGGACAACUCUUAGCUGCUUUUGAGCUGUUCCUUGUUGAUAGUGUUUGUCCUCCUCCUAUACUUGAAAGAGAAUAUGACAAAACUGAUAAAAAGAAGUGGUGGUACACUGUUCCUCAUGGCAUUAGACCAGAGUAUGAGACUAAGACUAUUAAAAUAUUGUGCUGGGGUGUUCGUAAUCUUAAGAAGUAUAAAUUGGGAUGUGUGACAUCACCUUGUAUUAAGGUUGAGUGUGGAGGUGUGGUAAGAACGACUAAUCACAUUAUUGACACUAGGAGGAAUCCUAACUUUAUUGAUGGCCCAAUUAUCAUGGAACUGGAACUACCAGUUAAUCCACUGUAUUGCCCUCCACUCAAUAUUUAUCUUUAUGAUAAAAGAGCGUUUGGACAGAAACCAUUAAUAGGAACUUAUUCUGUUCAGAUAACUGAAGACAGUCCUGCUGAGACUGAUAGACCCAGUCCCCAGCCCAAUCCUUUAGAAAUAGCAAAUACACUGAGACAAAGAAAAAGCAAGUCAGGACAAGUUGCAAUUGAUAUGGAAGCUUUCUAUGAUGAAGACCCAGACUAUAUUAAGGACAGUAGGUUUGACUGGUGGACUAAGUACAGAUUAGCUGUCUUUAAAGCAACAGGUAGUGAACUUCAAGAUUCUGAAACAGAAUAUGUUAAUGAAAAUCAUGAUCGCUUGAAACUCUUUUAUCAUGAAUUGGAAAAAGAGCCAAGGUUUCAUAAUUUCAGUGACGUUGUCAAGAGUUAUCCUCUGUAUCGUGGUAAAGGAUCAAUUGCAUUUGAUGAUCCGUCAGAGAACACUAGAUUUGCUGGUACUUUCAAGGGACACAUUACAGUUAAAAGGGGAAAGCACACAGAGAUAGACUCUGACCAUCAAUACUUUCCAACAAAGGAUUUAUGCCCUGUUGUAAUUAGAGUUUAUGUUGUUGAAGGAAUAGGACUGCUACCAUUGGAUCCUAAUUGCAAAUCUGAUCCAUAUCUUAGACUCAGCAUUGGGAAAUGUGUUAUAGAUGAUGCUGACAACUUUGUUUCUAAUUCAUUAAAUCCAGUUUUUGGAAAGAUGUUUGAGCUAUCGGCCACCCUCCCUCUUGAUCAUACUCUUAAAAUUCAAGUACUUGAUCAUGAUUACUGUUCAAGGGAUGAUUUCAUUGGCCAAACUGAAAUUGACAUUGAGAACAGGUUCAUUUCUCGGUACAGAGCUAGUUGUGGCAUACCAGAAACCUUCUCAAGAAAUGGUCCUAAUCACUGGAGGGAUACAGAUUUACCCACUGAUAUAUUAGAUUGGUAUUGUAAAGUUAAUGGCUUAAAUGAGCCAGUAAUAACUGCUAACAGUAUCAAGUAUAAUUGUGACGAAUACACAAUAAAUCAUGCAGAUUUGAAUCAAUAUAUGCGACAGCAUAAAUAUGUUGGAUCACCUAUACAACAAAUAGCGUUAGCAUUACUUAGAAGAGAAGAAGUAUUAGUCCAUGAACACGUUGAAACUAGAACACUGGAAAACCCUAACCAACCUGGAAUAUCACAAGGUUUGUUGCGUAUGUGGGUGGACAUAUUUCCAAAGAGUUACAAUCUUCCUCCUCCUGUUGAUAUAUCACCGCGAAAACCUGAGGACUAUGAGCUAAGAGUCAUAGUUUAUGAUGUAAAGGAUGUCAAGUUGGCUGACUAUAAUCUAGUGACUGAUGAGGAUAUGUCUGAUAUUUAUGUGAAAGGUUGGUUGAGUGGGCAAGAGGAAACACAAAAAACUGAUGUUCACUAUCGUUCAUUUGAUGGAGAAGGAAACUUUAAUUACAGAUUUGUGUUCCCAUUUCAGUAUUUACCAGCUGAGAAGAGAAUCAUUGUCUCAAAGAGAAAAUUCUUUGAUGUUAAUAAAACAGAAAUUCGAGCUCGUCCCCAUCUCACCAUUCAAGUUUGGGACAAUGACAAGUUCAAGUUUGAUGACCACCUUGCAACAAUUGAGUUUGAUUUAACAGCUAUACAACAAGGAACUAGAACUUCAUCCUUCUUAGACCAAAUAAUGCGUAUUGGCUCAAAUAUAUCAUACUCAGAUCAAAAAAGUACUGACUCAUCAAAUUCUUCAUCCGAGCAAAUCUCAACUACUUCUGCCUCUAAAACGUCAUUAUUGAACCAAGUUAUGAAUACUUCUGACUCUACUGAUAAUCUUUUUGAGAAGAAGAGAAUCAGAAGAUGGUGGCCUCUUGCUGAUGAAGGUAUGAUUGAGUUAGAAUUACAAAUACUGACAAAAGAAGAAGCUGAAUUGUCACCAGCUGGUAAAGGACGUGAUGAGCCCAACAUGAACCCAUACCUUCCACCUCCUCAGCGACCUGAGACAUCUUUUUUCUGGUUGACAUCUCCUCUGAAGACAUUUAAACACAUAAUAUGGAAGUAUUAUAAGUGUCGCAUUAUUAUUGGUUUUUUCGUUAUCUUUGCUGUGGUUGGGGUAAUUGUAUUCCUCUAUUCAGCUCCAGAUUAUUUGGCUCAGUAUCUUCUGGAUCGAUUGCUUCCAUUGUGAAAAUUUUAAUCAUGCAUCAGUUGCUGUUGUGAUAUUUUAUACUUUAUAUUUUUAUAAUGUGCUCUAUACUCUAAAUUUUAAAAUACUUUCCUUGAACUAAACAGAAUAGUUAUUAUUUCAAACAGCAUUAUAGUAAUAUACGGCAAUACCAAGUUUGUUUCAAUUCAUUAUUUUUCUUAUUUCUCUUUAUUACACAAUUAAUUUCAUGUGUUCAUUAAUAAAUAAACAACUUACAAUUUUUUAGACUUCUUUUUUUUCUCCAUAGUUUUUUUUUGAUUUUAUAAGCUACAAUUGAAUUAUUGAAAGCAA